UCCAAUAUGGCGGUCGCGGAAAUGAAAAAUCGGACAUUGGUGAAUUCGUCUACAGAUUGCUAGCUAUUGAUGUUAGGCCUACAAUAAAUGAAUGGAGAUGUAAUCCGGGAUGUCACAAAUAAUACCCUGGGUGUCAAAGAUGUGGAUGUGAUUUACUCAACCGAUCUGACUUUAAGUGACUUAUCUUUCAUUAAAAUGAUGUUUAGUGCUAGCUAGCCUAGAAGUCAUAGCCGGCUGCUAUUGUGUACUGCGUAUUGUAACAUGUGAUACACAUGAAGGCAAGGAAUACAAAAUCAUUUAAACUUUGAUGCCGCGAUCGAAUACAAGAGGAUAUAUGUGGUGAAUGUAGAUUACCACAGUACCAGUGCUGUCACAAAUACUCAAAAUGUCACAAAUAUCAUUGUUGUAACAACCCUCAAAUGUCACAAAUGCAAUUGAUUUCAUAAAUACGGUAGUCAUAAACACCUUAUUUGUAAUACAAUAGGAAAUAGAACCCUAAAUGUGACAACGUUGCAACAGUUUGUAGCUACGUACAACAUAUAAGAAUAUGGAGGAUCAGAGAACUCCUGCAGAUGUGGCCCGUCUAAUUUCAAAAACUGUAGACCAACUUAAACAAUCACAUCUACAUACACAGCUUCAGAAAGCAGCAGAGGUUGAAGUUGGCAGGGCAGCCAUAAGAGUCUCAGAUGUAAAGACUGAAGUUGUCAAAGGACUAAUCAACUCAGGAUGGGAACGUAAGUUACGUAACAUGGUGUACCAGCACAUGCAGAAGGAGUCUCCCACUAAGCACCAUCUGGCACCAGCUGAACACAACAAGGAACCAUUGACUUAUCUUAGGAAAGCUCAGGUGAACUGGGAGAAAAGAAUCCUAAAAAGUUUGAACAGCAUGUGUACAGAGCUAGGAGUGCCACUUGCUAGAAGGAGACCUGAGAAAGAGCAGAGAGAAGUGUUGGUGAAAUGGAGUGAGCUGGGCACAGAUGAACCAGAUUUGAGUGCAUUUAGGCCAGUAUAUGCCCCAAAAGAUUUCCUAGAUGUUCUAGUCAGUUUGAAGAAUCCAAACAUGAACACAGCAGAUGACGCAAAUGUGUUCGCCAUGUGGGGUAUAAUGCAGGUUCCUCUCCAAGUGAAAAAUCUACAACAAUUGAGGCUAGAAUACAGUGAUCUCACAAUCAACCAAUGUCAAACAGGAGUAGAAGACAGCGCUGAGAUAAAUAUGGACCAGUUCCAGCAGGACAGAAUAAAACUUGCAAAGAAAGUACUUGCCUCAGAUCACUGCCCUCUUGCACAAGAGUUCGCAAAGAAGGGAAUUCCCCAAGGUUACAGAGCAGAACUAUGGCAACUGAUUCUUGGACUGCAUUUUAGUGAUGAGGAUGCUUUGUACUAUGAACACUUAAAGGCUUAUGUGCUUGAGCAUGACCUCUUGGUUGACAGCCUCAUAUAUAAGGAUGUGAAACUAACUGCAACAAAUGAUGACCAGUACUUUGUUUUUGAAGAUGUCCUUUACCAGGUAUUGCUGCCAUUUUCCCGAGACACAUCAAUUCUUCGAUGCUUUGAACAAAGUAGCGCAACUCCAGCUAAGUCAUAUAUUCGUGGCAGACUCGGGGAUAAUGAUUUUGCAGUGAUGUACCCUCCAAGCGGAGUUAUACCUUUUCAUGGCUUCACUAUGUAUGUUGCAACCCUGUGUUACCUGUACAAUGAUCCAGUCUCAAUAUAUUUCGUUUUUCGAGAGCUCUACACGAGAUAUUUUUUCCGUCUACAUGCAAUCUCUUCACAUCCUGAGGGCAUAGUAUCUCUGUGUGUUCUCUUUGAAAAGACUCUGCAAGCUGUAGAACCGCAACUGUUCUUCCACCUCAAGCAAAUUGGCUGUCAACCGCUUCGUAUUGCAUUCCGCUGGCUUAUCAGAGCGUUUGCUGGAUAUCUAGCAAGUGACCAGGUACUCAGUCUGUGGGACAAAGUUCUAGCUUACGACUCUGUCGAAAUAAUUGCAAUUCUUGCCGCUGCCAUUUUCUCAUACAGAAAAACCAACCUGUUGCAAGUAAAGAAUUUACAAGCUGCUGAGGCUGUAAUGGUGGAUGUUACAACUAUUAGUGUAGUCCCCUUGCUUCAAAUGUUUCUCUUUACCAAGUGACAUUAAAUAGAAGUAUGCAGUUGAACUUUGUGAUAACAUAAUUUUCCUUUGGGAGAUGAUGAAAGGAUAUACAGUGAAACCUGUCUAACUGGAACACCCUUGGUACCUCUAAAGUGUUUCACUUGUGAG